AUGUCGCCCACCGCCGUCGACGCUACCCGGGUCGUCCCCGUCCCGACCAAGGGCAAGGCCUCGGCGCCGCUCAACGUCACCGGCGCCCUGCACCACCUCGAGUCCUUCGAGCUCAGCCCGACCAUCGGCCGCGAGUAUCCCCGCGCCGACCUGGCCGAGAUCCUACGCGCGCCCAACUCGGACGAGCUGAUCCGGGACCUCGCCGUGACCAUCUCUGAACGCGGCGUCGUCGUCUUCCGCGCCCAGGACAACCUCACCAACGACCUGCAAAAGGAGCUCAUCGAGCGCCUCGGCCGCCUGACCGGCCGCCCGGCCGAGUCCGGCCUGCACGUCCACCCGCUGCUCAACCCGGGCCGCGAGCUCGGCGGCGACGACCCGGAGAUUAGCGUCAUCAGCUCCGUCCAGCGCGAAAAGUACUACAAGGAGACUACCGUCGAUGGGUUGAGCACCAAGAAGCAGACCAACGCCCAGUGGCACAGCGACAUUGCCUUUGAGCCCUUUCCCGCCGACUACUCCUCACUGCGACUGACGCAGCUGCCCAAGACGGGUGGCGACACCCUGUUCGCCUCCGGCUACGAAAUCUACGACAAGCUCAGCGCGCCCUACCAAAAGUUCCUCGAAGGCCUCAGCGUCACCUUUGAGCAGCCCGGCUUCGGCAAGACGGCCGCCAGCAACGGCUUCGCCCUCUGGGACAAGCCGCGCGGCAACCCGGCCAACGUCGGCACCGAGCUCAAGGCCGUCCACCCGGUCGUCCGCACCAACCCGGUGACGGGCUGGAAGAGCGUCUUCCCCGUCGGCGGCCACGUCAAGCACAUCAACGGCGUGACGGAAGAGGAGAGCACCCACCUGCUGUCCUGGUUCCUCGACCUGGUUUACAAGAACUACGACCUGCAGAUCCGCCUGCGCUGGAACAGCCCCAACGACAUUGCCAUCUGGGACAACCGCAGCACCUUCCACAGUGCCAUCUUCGACUACGAAGAUCAGGGUGAUCGUCUGGGCAUCCGCGCCGUCGGCAUUGGUGAGCGCCCCUUCUUCGACCCCCAGAGCACUUCGCGACAGGAGGCCCUUGCCGCCCGCAGCAAGUAG